CUAGGGCAACACGUUAUAAACUCGUGGUUAUGUUUCAGUGUUUGGCUUCUCCGUUUUCAUCACUAGCAGCAGACUUUGCGUUAAUCAGCCGACGCGAAAAUGGUGAAGGGACGCCAAGGAGAACGUGUCAGACUCUACGUCAGGGGAACUAUCUUGGGAUACAAAAGGUCGAAGUCUAACCAGUACCCAAACACAUCCCUUAUCCAGAUCGAAGGGGUCAACACUACAGAGGAGGUGACAUGGUACAAGGGAAAGAGGAUGGCUUACAUCUACAAGGCUAAGACCAAGAAGAACGGUAGCCAUUACCGCUGCAUCUGGGGAAAGGUUACAAGGCCUCAUGGUAACAGCGGUGUUGUCCGUGCCAAAUUCACAUCCAACUUGCCUCCUAAGUCCAUGGGUAUGAGGGUCAGAGUCUUCAUGUAUCCGAGUAACAUCUGAAGAAAACUUUUAUUUUAGCUGUGGUUUUUGUUCACUAGUUUGUUAUUUUGUAUUUUUGAUAUUCGAAAGCAUUUUCUUUUCUCUGUUUUGAAAUGUUUUGGAGAUUCUCUCUGGUUUUAAUCGCAAAAUUAGAAUGUGGUUUCUCCUUAUAAUUGAGUUGGAACAUAUGAAUAUCACUGCCUCUAUUCGUUUGCAUGCUAUACGAUCUAUGUUGAAAUAUCAAGUACUGUUUAGAUGUGGUA